AUGGAACUUCUUCACCAAGCGAGAUACUGGGAUGAGCGUCUGGAGCACAGUACAUGCCCUCGGUGCGGAUCUCUACCAGUGGAAUCCAUUGUCCUUGCCCCUUGUCUUCACCAAUACUGCGGGCAAUGCUUCGAUGAGCUUCCGGAUGAGAAUGGAAGUACAACCACAGUCACGCGGUUUUGUACAAUCUGUCAGCUCCCCAUCACCAGUGCUUCAUUCUACAGCGACCUCACUGUGUCAAGUCAUGUUCCCAUGUUCAUGCAUCACUCUAGUCAGGAGAUCUUUAUGCCCAAUGCAUCUUCCAAAAAGAGAAAGAGGUCAACACAUAGAAAGAAAGCCCACGGCAAAGGAGCUCAACAGGGAAACAUCGAUCAACCCAACCAGAAACCACCAACUAUGUGUCUACGCAAAGGGUCCCCACGGGAAGAAUCGGAGGACUCAAGUGGUGAUGAGAUGGAUCUCAAUUACGACUGGAUUCCAUACAUUGGUCAUCAUAUGCCGGGCACCAAACUUGAAGCAAUUAGAGAGCUUGUCGCCGCGUGGAUGGAAGAGGAUAACAAGGUCAAAAUCGUGGUUUUUACUCAAUUUCUAGCGACUCUCACACUUGUCGAGUACCUAUGUGAGAGAAAUGGCUGGAAGUACAUGAAGAUGUCGGGGAAGAUGUCAAUUGCAGCGCGAGAAGAAGGGGUCAAAGCGUUCCGCGACGACGACAGAAUCCAAGUGCUCAUUUCGUCAUUGAAAACUGGCGGUGUUGGCCUUGAUCUUUCCAUGGCAAACAAAUGUAUCCUGGUUGACCUCUGGUGGAACGAAGCCAUACAAGACCAGGCAUACUGCCGGCUGUACCGCAUCGGACAAACACGCAAGGUUGAAUACGUCAAGCUUGUUAUGAAGGAAACCAUCGAUGAGUACGUCUAUGCCAAACAGAAGGAAAAGACUCGGACAAUCAACACUGUCAUGAGUCCAAAUGCCCUCGGCAAGAAAAAGGAUACGAUCAAGGACAUGCUUUCCAUAUUCGGCGAAGUGAGCGAUGCCCCUGGUGGUACAUUCCGAGUUUCGGCCUUUGAUCCUGCUGCAAAACUUCGAUUCUGGGAGAACCUUCGCAAGGAAGAUGUCUGA